AGGGGAGGCAGUGAGCUCACGGCAGCCCCGCUCCCUGCCAGCCCUCUGACUCACGCUCCCCAUUGCCGAAUUUUUUCCGCCUCACAGCUGCCUGGUGCAGAGUGGGGGGCGGGGGGAAUGAGUGUGUGUGUGUGUGUGUGUGUGUGUGUGUGGAGUCCCCCACCCUCACCCAGGACUCAGCGCUUAGUCCGCCUGGCCCCCCCACUCCCGUUUCCCUGGGGUUCACCCAGUGCUCCCUCAGCUGGGGGGCCUGAAGGGUUUGCGUUCAGCCCCACCAGGGCCAACCGAGAGGGCUUCCUCCCGUUCCUUUCCCAAUCAGGAAGUCCUUCCUGGUGUCUGGCUGUAAGCUGUCUUGCUGCUGGUUUGAAUGUACGCUCCCUCCGCUCCGUCCUGGUCUCACCAUGUCCCCUGGCUGGACAGAGGAGGCAGAGGGUGGCUGCCUGUGCGUGCCUCUGUCCAGUCCCUUUCCUGCAGCCGCCCGCCCUCCCCUCAGCAUCUCUAAGCACCGCAGGGCGCCUGGCCUGGCGGCUCCCGGCUCCCCGUGGGAGUUUGCAGUUGGACACCCUCCCUCCCCGCCUCCACCCCCCUCCUCCUCAGAACUCAGCUGCUGGCCAGCCCCCUCCCUGCCCCCGCUCCUGUCCCCUGCUGCCUCCUCGGCAGGCAGCCUCUCUUCCUUCUGGCAAGGCGUCCAGCCACGGCCUGCUGCUUCUUCCCGGCCUGCUGCUUCUUCCCGGUCCAGGGCGCCUCUGGCAGGCGCUUCCCUCCCUCCCUCCCUCUCUCCUUCCCUCCCUCCGGUGGCCGCAGCCUCCUCCCCUCUCCUGCUCCGCGUCCCCUUUCACCCCGUCCCUGCCCUGGAGUCUGCAAACAUGAGGGUCUGGGCCUGCCUUAUCGGUGAGUGACCCCCUCUCCUUGGGGACCCAGGGACCUCUGACCCCUGAGCUCAUACCCUUAAGCGACUCCAACUUCCGGGGCCUUGUCCCUGGUGCUUGUGAUAAGGGACAUCUGGUUCUCCUUGCCUGAUCCCCCAAGGGACCCAGCCUCUGCACACCCAGUCCCACCCUCUGAGGACCCCAGGGACUACCCGCCCCCACCACCGGCCCUGACCCCGGGGGGGGGGGGUCACUCACCAUUUGACAUUAACCAGGCCCUUGGGGGAGCACAAAGGGCCUGGCUCCCAGCCCUGACCCCAGGCAUGUGGGACCCCGCCCGUCUCAGAGACCUGAGUCUUGCCCAGUCCAAUGCCCAGAGUCCUGCUUCCCAGCAGUGGGGUUUCUGGUUCAGAGAUGUGCAGAUUCUGUGUGUGUGUGUAUUUAAGACAAGGAGAAAGCACCCCCUUGGGGCCUGCCCUCACUCUACCCUACCCCUCCAACCUCCCUUCCAGUGGCUCUGAUGGGGAUCCAGGCUGUUGAGCGGCUGCGUCUGGCUGACGGCCCCCACGGGUGUGCUGGCCGCCUGGAGGUGUGGCACGGCGGCCGCUGGGGGACGGUGUGUGACGACGGAUGGGACCUGCGGGACGCAGCUGUAGCCUGCCGCGAGCUGGGCUGUGGGGGUGCGCUGGCCGCCCCCGGAGGCGCCUUCUUCGGGGAGGGCGCGGGGCCCGUGUGGCUGAGUGAGCUGGCCUGCCGGGGCAGUGAGGGACAGCUGGGGCUCUGCUCCCACCGCGGCUGGAAGGCCCACAUUUGCUCCCACGAGGAGGACGCGGGCGUCGUCUGUGCAGGUCAGCGUGUGGCCAACUCCAGGGACAGGGACGAUCCACCUUCGAUCCUGGAGGGGGACCCCUGGCCGGGGCUGUCUGGGGAGCUGAGCCCGGGCUCUGAGGAGCCUCCUGUGACCCACGCCCCCCGCCCAGCUGGGACCCCACAGAACAACUCCAGGAAGAAGAGCCUGCGGCCGCUCAAGCAACCCAAAUCCACCAGGGCCCCUGUGCUGACGGCUGGAGCCCCCCGACAGGAGCGGCUGCGCCUUGUCUCGGGCCCCCACGGGUGCGCCGGCCGCCUGGAGGUGUGGCACGGCGGCCGCUGGGGGACGGUGUGUGACGACGGAUGGGACCUGCGGGACGCGGCCGUGGCCUGCCGCGAGCUGGGCUGCGGGGGCGCGCUGGCCGCCCCCGGAGGCGCCAGAUUUGGCCCGGGCUCAGGGCCCGUGUGGAUGGAUGACGUGGGCUGUGGAGGCGGAGAGCAGGCUCUGCGGGACUGUCCCCGGAGCCCCUGGGGUCGGAGCAACUGUGACCACAACGAGGAUGCAGGGCUGGUCUGCACCGGCCCGGCCCCCCGGCUGCGUCUGGCUGACGGCCCCCACGGGUGCGCCGGCCGCCUGGAGGUGUGGCACGGCGGGCGCUGGGGGACCGUGUGUGAUGAUGCCUGGGACCUGCGGGACGCCGCCGUGGCCUGCCGCGAGCUGGGCUGUGGGGGUGCGCUGGCCGCCCCCGGAGGCGCCUUCUUUGGGGAGGGCGCUGGACCCAUCUUCCUGGACGACCUUCGGUGUCGGGGUAACGAGACAGCCCUGCGAUUCUGCCCAGCACGGCCCUGGGGCCAGCAUGACUGUCACCACAGGGAGGACGCUGGGGCUGUGUGUGAUGGUAUGCCUCUUGGAUAUGUCCCUCCCACGGCCCCGGCAGUGGACAGCAACGGCUCUUUGCCCAGGGAGGCAGCGUCCAGGCCUCUGGCCCCCACAGUGAGCCAGGCCCCAGGGACAGCAGGUGUCUCACCUCCUCCUGUCUCCCUCACUGUCCCUCGGGAGCCUGGACCAGAAGCUGGGUCCCCCCAGCUGCGCCUGGUGGCAGGGCCCAGCAGGUGUUCAGGUCGGCUGGAGGUGUGGCACAAUGGGCGCUGGGGGACGGUGUGUGAUGACAGCUGGGACCUGCGGGACUCAGCUGUGGUCUGCCGGGAGCUGGGCUGCGGCAGAGCUCGGCAGCAGGACCCUGCGGCUGGCCGCUUUGGCUGGGGGGCUGGCCCCAUCUGGCUGGACGAUGUGGGGUGCUUGGGGACCGAGGCCUCACUCUCAGACUGCCCCGCUGCGCCCUGGGGGAAGCACAACUGUGCUCACAAUGAAGACGUUGGAGUCACCUGCACUGACACCCCUGGCCUGGACUCCAUCGCAGACCCCUUCAGUUGGAGCUGGAUCCCUGGCCUGGGUAGAGAUCCGGAUGCCUGGCUCCCUGGAGAACUGGCCACCAAGCCCCCCGCAAAGCUGACCCCCAGUGUUCCCGAGAAAACCACCACCAAGGCCCCAGGGAAAAUGCCCAAGAGUACUAAGAAGUGGGUGACCAAAAAUGCAAGGAGACCGACCACUCAGCCCCCUGCGAUGCCAACCACUAAACACUCCAGGGUCCUGGGCACCCAGAGGCCCCCUGACCUGACCUCACGUACCACUACAACCCUGACCACUGAAGCCUCCCAAAGAACAGUUUCUGAGUCUACUACCAAGUUGACCACUGAGGUUCCCCACAGGAUGACCUCACAUACUACUGCAACACGGACUCCCCGGGCCCCCCGAGAACGGACCGCUAAGACCGUGGCAACAUCAACCACUCAAGGCCCCCGAGAAAUGACCUCUGAGGCCACGGUGCAGCGAAUCCCUCUGGCCUCCACGGAGCCAUCCGCUGACACCCCAGCACAAGGUUCUCCAGAGUCUUCCAAAGACCCAGCCCCCUCCCCCACUGGGAGCACCGCUGGGGGAUCAGCAGGCCCGUUCCGGGUGCGUCUGGCCGAUGGGCCCAACCGGUGUGCUGGCCGGCUGGAGGUGUGGCAUGCUGGGCGCUGGGGGACAGUAUGCGAUGACAGCUGGGACCUGCGGGACAGUACCGUGGCCUGCUGGGAGCUGGGCUGUGGAAGGGUCCGGGCCCGAGUGGGCAAAACCCACUACGGCCCCGGGACCGGUCCCAUCUGGCUGGAUGACGUGGGCUGCAAGGGAAUGGAGGCCUCGCUGAGUGACUGCCCUGCUAGGGCAUGGGGCCAGCACAACUGUGACCACGAGGAAGACGUGGGCCUCACCUGCACUGGCUACGCGGAUGAGGAUGAUUAUCCUCCCUGGACCUGGGAUCCCACCUCGGGAGAGGACCUGGCCAAGGCGACCACCGCUGCAGGGGUACCUGGACACAGGCUCUCCUGGGGCACCACCAAGAGCCCAGGGGCCCCCUCCCCGGCGACAAGGCGUCUUCCGGACACAGGUGAUGAGGAUAGUUAUGAGCCUUCCCGGACGUGGGAUACACCUUCAGGAGGGGCUCUGCCCAAGGGGACACCCACCGCAGGCAGACCUGGAUCCAUUCUUACCACCACUAUCACCCGGAGCCCAGGCCAUUCCUCUCCAGCUCCAAGGAUCCAUGGGGUCACAGGUUCCCUGAGGAAACCGUGGCCCGAGCGUCGGCUGCAGCGUCCCACGGCGGCCAGGACGGCGCCCCCUGCCCCUUCCCCAGUUCCCUCGGCCUCACCAGAGCCCCCUGGCCCACCGGUGACCCCCGACUCCGCGCCACGGCUUAUUCCCGAGACAGCUUCAGCGCGGGAGGUGACCUCUGACCCUCCUGGCACUUUGCCACCCAGCCCAGACCUGGCCUCCCGGAUGAGCUCUGACCUCACCUUGACAACCCCUGGCCUCAGUCUGGCCACCUCUGAGGCCGCUGUGAUUCCAGCGCUGACACCUGAUCUCUCACCCACCCUACCACCCACCUUGCCCAGAGAGCUGACCUCUGACCCCUCUGCACCAGCCGCGGUGACCCACCUUUUUUCUACCUCGGAGUUGACUCCAGAAUCCGACACAACCCCAGACUUGGACACAGCUCCAUACGCCAACACAGUUCCAGAUCAUUCCAGAUCCCCAGACCCUCCCACAAGCCCCCACCCCACUAGCACCCCUCACUCCACCUUGACCUCUCACCCCUCCAUGACCUCUCAACCCAUGACCACCCCUCACUCCACCACGACCCCACAACUCACCACGACCCCCCAACCCCCCACACCCCCCCAACCCCCCACACCCCCUCAACCCACCACAACCCCACAACCCCCCACACCCCCUCAACCCACCACAACCCCACAACCCCCCACACCCCCUCAACCCACCACAUCCCCUCCUCCUACCACAGCCCUUUACCUCACCACAACCCCUCACCCCACCAUGACCCCUCGGUCCACCACACCCCCUCAGUCCACCGCCGCUCAACCCACCACAACCCCUCACCCUAUCACAACCCCUUACCCUGCCACGACCCCUCACCCCACCGUGACCCUUCAUUCUACCACCUCUACUCGCCCCGCCAUGACGGCCGACCCUACCUCAACCCCUGUGAUCACUAUCAAGUCCAUUCCAACUUCCUUGGGAACAGAACUCUUCUCUCCCGCUCCAGCACCAACAGUCAAGCCCAGCCUACAGCCCUGGUCGACCUCCACGGGCUCCUCCCGUCUCCCUACAUCCCAGAUGUUGAGCCUAGCGCCUUUUCCAGCCUCAGAGCCCAGCCACUCCAGGCCUUCUCCAGCCCCAAGCAUGGACACACUGUCCACUCAGGGCUUUGAGCCACCAAGAAGCCAGAGCCCCAAACCAAGCCUACCACCCACCCAGACCCCACACUCAGGCCCUGACCCUACUGUGACCUCUGACCUCCACCUGUCUUCCAUGGCCCACCCCUUGGCCCAACCUCUCCCCGACCAUCUCACCCCAAAGCCAACUCCUUGUCAGAGCCCAGACCCCCUUGGCCCAUGUGUGGCGCUGCCACCACCUGUAAGGGUCAUGGCUUGUGAGCCACCUGCCCUGGUGGAGCUGGUGGCUGCUGUGAGGGACGUGGGUGGCCAGCUGCAGAGGCUGAGCCUGGUCCUGGAACAGGAACUGCAGCAACGCCAAGCCCUGGGCCUGGGGCUGACCCAGCUGGUGGAGGCCACCCGGAACCUCGGGCAGCUGGGUGAGGUGGUAAAAAGACUUGCUGAGGGGGCCUGGCCCCCCAGCACAUCUGCACCAACCACCACCACCCCCGAGGAGGAAGAAAGGCCUCGGAGGGGGGACGUGUGACCCUGUAUGGGAUUUGAGGGGCUAAGACACACCCACACAAAAAAUGAAAACCAAAGUACCUAAUUAAAAACAAAAUAUCAGCGACAUCUGUGGGGACCUAGGGGGAACUCCAGAGAGAUGGAAUCACAAGAUUGGUCUUGAUCCGUCAAUCCCACAGGCAGCAGGCACGGCAAUGGUGUUUCUGGUGAUGGCGUUGGUGAUAAUGGGCGAUGAGCAUGAUGGUCGUUGUGACCGUGGCAGACGUAUGGUGGUGAGCUUUACAACGGCAGUGAUGGUGGUGACGGUCAUGGCGACAACGAUGAUGGUGAUGGAAGUGAGGUUGGCCGUGACCAUGGCGGUGAUGAUGAUGAAGGUGGGCAUGGGCAUGAGUGUGACGACUUAGUGAUGAAGAUCAUGAUGGAGAUGGGGGUGCUGAAGAUGCCACCAUGGCACUGACGAAGCCCCGUGGUGGGAGGAAUCUCUGUCUUGUUCGCAGACGUAUGCCCAGCUCUCCGAACAGAGCCUGACGCAGAGUGCACAGUCCUUAAAUACCUCUUGAAUGAAUGAGUGCAUGAUAAUAAUAAUAAUGACUAAUAUUUGUUGGGUACUUCUUUUGGGUCAGGCUCUGUUUUAAGGGCUUCGAGUGCAUAAGGUCACUUUAUCUUCAUGAACACCUGCUGGGGAGGGUACUGUUACCACAGCUCAGCAGAGAGGAGUGAGCUUUGGAGCCUGAACGCCUGAGUUUGCUUGUGGCCGUGAACCUGAGCCAGUUACCUAACUUCUUGGUCUGAGUUUUCCCGACCAUGAAAGGGGGAUAAUAAGUACAUACCUCAUGGGUUGCUGUGCCGAUUAACUGAUAAAUUAAUGCAUAUGUAGGCGCGCUUAGCACAGGGCCUGGCUCUCGAUAAGUGCUCGUUCUGUGCCAGUUGUUAUUGUAUUUAUCCCCAUUUUACAGGGCACUGAGGCCCCAGGUCACUCAGGGAAGAUCUAGUGGAGCCAUGAUUGGUGCCCAGGCCUGUCUGACCCAGGGUCCUUGCUCAUAAGUCAGACUAUCCUGGACUCGAGACCAUGUCCAGGCGGUGGGACUCUGGGGUUUUGUUUCCUUUCUCUGAACCUUCUCAUCGGGUACACGGGGAGAGAAAUAGCACCUGCCUCUGGGGAGGUGGUGGUGGUCAUGAGGAUUAGAUGAGGUAGUGUGGGCGAGGACAGAGCUCGGCAUAUCAUGUGCUCAGUUAACAAGAAGGAUCGUGAUCCCUUCCUGACUGCGCUUCUCUGCGCGUGACCCAGUGUGGCCUCUUAACACACUACAUCCCAUCCUCACCACAGCCCUUUAAGGGAGGAACUUGAUCCCCAUUUCAGAAAGGACACUGAAGCUCAGAGAGGGCAAGCGCCUUGCCUCAGGCCACACAGCAGAGUGGGAACUCAAACGAGAUGCAAAUUCCCCUGCUUUGACCUUGGCCUGGGCUUCCAGGUUAGGACUCCCAUGACGGGCCCCUCUCUGAGUGACCUUGGGUGGGCCCUUCCCCUCUCCUGUAAACUUGUAAACUGGGGGCUGUCUUGAAAGACUGAAAGAAGUUCCGAUUCUGGUUUCUGUAGCCUCAGACAGGAGGAGACCGUUCCCUCCUCCUCCUCUCCCCCGUCUGGAGCCUGGCUCAGAGGUCCUGGAAGGUCAUGGAGCUGGCGCCCCCACAGUCCUGCAAAGGCCAGCAGGGUCCAGUUACUCGUUGGGGGUGGGGAGGGAUAAUGCCCGGGGGUCCUGAUAGAUAGACUGACUGCCCCCGCCAACAGGCAGAGGAACACACAGAGAAUUCUGUUCCCCGGGUUUCAUUAAGCCCCAGACUUAAAUAACUGCUGACUGGAAAACGGGGAGGGCCGAGGGGGCCCUGCC